AUGCGUUUCACCGCCACACUCGCCUUUGCUACCGGCGCCCUCGCCAUCCCCGCCAUGAUCCAGGAACGCCAGGCCGGCCUCUGCUCCGGCGGCGGGCAGCCCUUCUGCUGCGCUACCGACGUUCUCAACCUCGCCGACCUGGACUGCCAAACUCCUCCUCAAUCUCCGACCGGCAUCAACAGCUUCAUUGACAUCUGCGCCGCUGCCGGCCAGCAGGCCAAGUGCUGUGUGCUGCCUCUCUUAGGCCAGGCGCUGUUCUGCGCCGAUGUCAAUCCUCAGCCUGCGGCUCCUGCUCCCUCGGCAGCUCCCGCUCCUUCCGCCGCUUAA